UCUAGAGUUAGACUGUCAAUGGUACAUUCAUUUCCCAGAUUCCUGAUGCUCGCCUUCUUCUGGAAUUCCUCCCGCGAGCUCAGGUGAUCCCAUGCAUAAGCAGGAUAGCGGCUCGUCAGCUUUAAAGGCGGUGGAACUGAAAAAUAAACCGUGGAACUAGUAACCGUGUGGACCGGCGAACCGAAGAAAUGGAGACGUAUGGAAAGUUGAACAAGAAGCAGAAGCUGAGCAAUGCGGUGCAGAACUGGGGAACACAGCGUGCCACAAACGUUACCUAUCAAGCGCACCAUGUCAGCAGGAACAAACGCGGGCAAGUGGUGGGCACGAGAGGCGGCUUCAGAGGAUGCACUGUAUGGCUCACUGGUUUGUCUGGCGCCGGAAAGACAACAGUUAGCAUGGCCCUGGAGGAGUACCUGGUCUGCCACGGCAUUCCUUGCUACACACUGGAUGGUGACAACAUCCGCCAAGGCCUCAACAAGAAUCUGGGCUUCAGCCCUGAAGACCGCGAGGAGAACAUCCGGCGCAUCGCGGAGGUGGCGCGGCUCUUUGCUGACGCCGGCCUGGUCUGCCUAGCCAGCUUCAUCUCCCCAUAUGGCAGGGAUCGUCUUAACGCCAGGAAGAUCCACGAAGUAGCUGGGUUGCCUUUCUUCGAAGUGUUUGUGGACGCGCCGCUGGAUGUGUGCGAGCAGAGAGACGUCAAGGGCCUAUACAAGAGAGCCAGAGCGGGCGAAAUAAGAGGCUUCACCGGAAUCGAUUCUGAGUACGAGAAACCGGAAGCACCCGAGUUAGUGCUGAAAACCGAUUCUUGCAGCGUGAACGAGUGCAUCCAGCAGCUGGUCGACCUGCUUCAGGAGAGGGACAUUGUACCGGUGGACGCGUCCUACGAGGUUAAAGAGUUAUACGUUCAAGAGAACAAAUUGGACCUUGCCAAGGCUGAUGCGGAGACGCUGCCCGCUUUUCAGAUUGGAAAGGUUGACAUGCAGUGGGUCCAAGUGCUGGCUGAAGGCUGGGCCACACCACUCAAUGGCUUCAUGAGGGAGCGAGAGUAUCUUCAGUGUCUCCAUUUUGACUGCUUGCUAGAUGGUGGUGUAAUCAACCUUUCGGUGCCAGUGGUGUUGCCGUUAUCUUCAGAAGACAAAGAGCGUCUGGAUGGCGUGACCGCAAUGGCGCUGGUUUACGAAGGCAGGCGAGUGGCCAUACUUCGCAACCCCGAGUUCUACGAGCACCGCAAGGAGGAGCGCUGCGCCCGCCAAUGGGGCACCACCUGCAAGAACCAUCCCUACAUCAAGAUGGUGAUGGAAAGCGGCGACUGGCUCGUCGGCGGCGACCUGCAGGUCCUCGAUAGAAUCUAUUGGAAUGACGGACUGGACCAGUACAGACUGACGCCCACCGAGCUUAAACAGAAGUUUAAAGAAAUGAAUGCAGACGCUGUGUUCGCCUUCCAGCUGCGCAACCCGGUUCACAACGGUCACGCCCUGCUGAUGCAGGACACCCAUAAGCGUCUCACGGAGCGUGGGUACCGCCGACCCGUGCUCUUGCUGCACCCGCUAGGCGGCUGGACCAAAGACGAUGAUGUGCCACUGCCGUGGCGCAUGAGGCAGCAUGCCGCCGUGCUGGAGGAAGGGGUCCUUAACCCGGAAUCCACCAUUGUUGCCAUCUUCCCCUCGCCCAUGAUGUACGCCGGGCCCACUGAGGUACAGUGGCACUGUCGCGCUCGAAUGGUGGCCGGCGCGAACUUCUACAUCGUGGGGCGUGACCCCGCCGGCAUGCCACAUCCCGACACGGGGAAAGACCUGUACGAACCCACACACGGGGCCAAAGUCCUUACCAUGGCUCCGGGCCUCAUUACCUUGGAGAUUGUUCCCUUUAAGGUCGCCGCUUACAACAAAGUCAAAAAAGCCAUGGACUUCUACGAACCUAAAAACCAUCAAGACUACGACUUCAUCUCGGGCACACGCAUGCGCACGAUGGCCCGCCAAGGCGACAACCCCCCAGACGGUUUCAUGGCACCGAAGGCCUGGGCCGUGCUCAAAGAAUACUACAAGUCCCUGGAGAAGCCAGAGAAGGUGUUAUGCUAGCAAAACUGAGAACACGGCUUUCUUUCGAUCGUCCGAUGUUGGGACCAUUGCAUCGUUACUGUUUUUUUUUUUUUUUUCUUUUUUAAUCACUUUCAUGCUGUCUGUAUGUUUUGUUUUUCACUAACUGGUGCACACGAGAUGGUUAGGGUAGGAGUACGUGGGUCAAAAUCACUAUAAAGUGUCUUUAACGUCCUCAUGGAAUCACUCGGUCAUCAUGAAAGUGUCAUGCAAGGACAAUAAAUACAAUCUGUUACAUUUCUGCCAGCAUUGGAUUGAAUUUGUGUCUUCUAUAAUUUUGAUUUCUAAUCAAAUGAACUCUUUGGCUGCCAUUGAUACGAUACACAUCCAAUCCAUUUUGACAGUGAGGGCUGGCAGCGAUCAGUCAAAAUGGAUUAGACGUCCAUGACCAUCAGUGGCAGUGAAUGAGUUAAAAUUUCAACUCCUCUGGGUGAAAUGGGGAAUCUGAAAGGCACCUUGUAGUCAUAUUGACUUUAAUUAUUUUGAAACCGAAUACAUCGAAGAAUUAACCAAUCAGAGACUGUAGAGAUGGUAGGCGCGACCAAUGAAACGUACACGAUACACCACGGUUUCCCCGCAGGAAUCCUAGUGGCAGACAAGACCAAUUAAUAGAAAUAUAACUUGAAUUUAGAAAUUACGACUAUUAACAAUACUUAUACGUAGAGUCUUCCCGGUUUUUCGAAAUAGUUUCCCUAACAAAACUACAAUGUAAUUCAAUACAAUGGCAGAUAACUAGGAAAUGUUUGUUCACAUAUCGACUAUGAUAGAAUAGAAUAGAACGGAAGCUUUUUUUGUCAUUUUACAGAGUACAACGAGAUUUAAAACUUCGCCAUAACGUGCACCACAUAAAACAAAAGUACAAAAGUUACAGUGUACACAGAUUGGGAAUAAAGUCAAUAAGUGACUAGCAGCCAGUGAUCAUGUAGUGGUAAUAUAACUGCGUAUAUGACAAUUUACAGUACUCAGACUUGGAAGCAGAUGGCUCACUUGAUUCGAUACGUCGUCGCCAUUGCACGUUCAAACGUAUUACUAGAAAAUCCGUAUACGUUUUAUACUAGAGUUGUCUGAUAAUGACCUUUUAAAAGAUAUCCCGAUAUUAUGCAACUCCAAAAAUCGGUAUAGAUAUUUAACAUAUUAUGGCUAAUUGUAUUGUGAUGCUUUAAUAAUGAUAAUGCUCACAUAAAAAAUCCCAAGAAUCUUAAUUUAGAGCCAUCUAAUGGUUAAUCAGCAUAACUGCUGUGCUAAGCUGUGACUUUGAAGGCAACAUGCAGGUUGGCCAAAAACCGAUAUUAUCCGAUACCAUUAAAAAAAUGCUAAUAUCGGACAACUCUAUUUUAUCCUUUAUUAUCUAGCACUGGUCAAGCCUGGCGCAGUGUUGUUUUUGGCAGCCCAUAUAAUUUUCAUCUUAGUCUUAUUCAUUUGGUCAAUAAUACUUAUUAAUCAUAGUUAUAUUUUAGUCAUCUCAAAAUAUGUUUGUCUUCAAAUCAACUAAUUUUGUCUAGUUUUAGUCGACGUUUACUCAAAAUGUUUUUGUCUGUAAAAUUCAACUUUCGAGCACAUAUUGUAACGUCUACAAUAGGGUUGUUCCAAUCAUGUUUUUUUGCUCCCGAUCCGAUCCCGAUCGUUUUAGUUUGAGUAUCUGCCGAUCCUAAUAUUUCCCGAUCCGAUUGCUUUUUUUUGCUCCCGAUUCAAUUCCAAUCAUUCCCGAUAAUUUUUCCCGAUCAUAUACAUUUUGGCAAUGCAUUAAGAAAAAAAUGAAUAAAACUCGGACGAAUAUUUACAUUUAACAUACAGUACAUAAGUACUGUAUUUGUUUAUUAUGACAAUAAAUCCUCAAGAUGUCAUUUACAUUAUUAACAUUCUUUCUGUGAGAGGGAUCCACGGAUAGAAAGACCUGUUACUUUGUAUAUUGUGACUAAAUAUUGCCAUCUAGUGUAUUUGUUGAGCUUUCAGCAAAUGAUACCGUAGCCAUGCCCAAAUGCAUGAUGGGAAGUGCAACCAUGACUGUGCGUAGUGCUACCAAUUGAUAUAUCUUCUCUGCGUUGGGAAAUAGGGUGUUACGAAAAAGAUCAAUUACUACCUUGCUUCCCCACAUUGCUUCCCACGAUAUUUCUAAUCAUAGGGAGAGGGAUUGUAAGGCUUUAGCCAAUUAAUAAAAGGCUCCAAAGGCUGCCAAAAUUCACUCUACUCAUUUUACGCUGCCUUUUAGCUCUCUGUAUUGGUAAAACGGCGCCACUACAGAUUGAGCGCGACAAUGCGUGAGUGGGUCGUGCACCACAUGCAUUAAUUGCGUUAAAUAUUUUAACGUGAUACUUUUUUUUUUUUUAAUUAAUUGCCGCCAUUAUCGGGAUAAAUUUGAUAACCCUACCUUAAGCCUAAACUAAAUACUCUGGAUGAGUGUAACAUAUUAUGUCUUUAACGUUAAAUACAAUUAGAAAACGAUUUACUUAAAAUAUAUAUAUAUAUUUAAAAAAGGCAUGUCCGAUAUUUUUUUGCUGAUUCCGAUACUUUGAAAAAUGACGUGAUCGGACAUCUCUAGUCUACAACUAUAUUGUAGCGUCUACAAAGACAACACCAACUUGGUGAUAAUACACAUAGUGCAAAAAACAGUACAUUAUUUCAAUUAAUUAUUCCCAUCUGGACGCCAAGAUCUAUUAGUAAAAAAAAAAAAAAAGAGUCCCCAAGUUUAAGAGGACACUCGCCGUUACUCGACUAAUGCUAACACAAUGCAAAUGCUAUGCUAAAGCUAUGAGUUACAUUUUGUGUGUGAUGAUCACUCAGCACAGACCUCUAAAGGCUGAGGCAACAUUGCAUAUUCCCUGGCCAAGAUAGGCAAACAUUUCUUACCGUGUGUCCAAGCCUGGAAACUUAAGAGCAGCAGCACAUCACAUGAAUGAUACAACCAGACACUGCUACGAUGCAGGCUCACUACUGUAUUGGCCCGAAUAUAAGAGUGUUUUUUCUUGCAUUGAAAUAAGACUGAAAAAGUGGGGGUCGUCUUAUAUUCGCGGUCUAGACGUUUUACCCAUUCACGACGCUAGAUGGCGCCAGAUAUCAUUGAAGCGAUAUUCUGUCAUGAGAUUUUAACCAGUUUACAUGAUUUUAUUGCAAUGUUUUUCCUCAUUCAGAUUUGUUUCAAGACUACAGUUACAGUUAGACUUCACUUUGAUGGUUAAUGCAGUUAUUGCAAUUUUGUCGUUUUAUCACAAUAGCUUGGUUCAUUUACAUUUCAAAAACCAGAAGCCAUUCAUUUACGAAUGUGAUUGCACUUUAGUUUACAUAUUUAAAUGUUCAGUUAUUAAGAUUUGAAUGAGGCAAAAUAGCAUGUUUUUUCUCUCAAAUAUAUAUUUAUAAUCAUUUGUUUCAGAUGUACUGUAAUUUCUGUAUAAAAAUUAAUUUGGUGUUCAAAAAGUCUUUUUUUCAAACUUGAGUCUUGAAAAAGAGGGGGUCGUCUUAUAAUCAGGUCCGUCUUAUAUUCGGGCCAAUACGGUACACAUAAAAUGUCACACAUUGUGAACAUGUGACGGAAACUAUUGCGCAUUUUCGUCUCGUGAGAUGAAAACUGGCAUUCGUCACGUUAUAUUUUAGUCUCCCAAAACAUGUCUUUAGCUUGUUAUCGUCUCGUCGUUGACGAAAUAUUUUCGUUCUACUCAUCAUUGACGAAAACAACACUGGCCUGGCGGGGGGCAAGUUAAGCCCUUUUGCCCGCCAGGUUUAUAAAGCACUGGAGGAACCCUGUUCGUGGUGAUAAAAGUAUGUUGAAUUCGAUCCACUAUCAUCACUUUUUAUUAUUUUUAAAGUAUAUUUAUUCUCAUAUCAAGACAAAAGUCUUAGUCCCAUUGUCCAUGUCCUAGUGUUGUGGUAUUAUGUUACAUCGCAUCUAAGCUAUCUAAUUUGUUCCAUGUGGCAUUUCAUCUGCGACACGUGUAAUCAGCUCCUUCAUGCUCACCAGCACGGGAUCCCCUUUCUAAUCUUCCUUGUCCAAUAAAGCAUUUUUAACAAAGAGCAAAACAA